AUUUCAAUCCGAUAACAUGUUUCGAGCGGGAGUGAAGUUUUUGAUAACCCGUGAAAUUCGAAUUAUUUCAUCCUGAUAUAGUAGUUAUAAAAUCAUCGCUGUCUCUUCGGUAUCAAACAAAUUCGGAACGUUAGUAGCUGAAUAGUGAAUGUUUGAAUGUUUAAAAUUCUCCGCUGAUUCUGAUAAACGUUCAGUGACACACGUCGCCGAGAAUCGAGAUUCGUAGAUACUAAUGAUGAUGACGAUGAUAUGUCUGGAACUCAUUAUAUUCUGAGUGAUUCAACAGAAGCUUUAACAAAGGUGCGAUUAUAGUACUGUGUAGUGAAUUUUAUGUGUGAUUCAAAAAGUUACUAAAUCUAGAACAACACGAAUGGAUAAUGGGCAUUUGUUUGGAUACAGACAAAAGCAACACCGUCCAGGAAGUGGAAGAGUCGGAUUGGAAAGGUGGCGGAAGGGCCGGCGGCUCCCGGUUAGCCAUUGUCAGUUCCCCUUCGCUCAGUGGUGCCGGGAGCAAACCGGCCAACGGUGGCAUGAUGCAAAACACCGGCAAAGUCAAGUUCGAUCCACCGAAGGUACCUGUUAUCUUCGUCCUCGGUGGUCCCGGUAGUGGUAAGGUGACCCACUGCGAUACAUUGAUGCAGGAGCGCCGUGGUGUCACCCACAUCAACAUGAUGGACCUCCUGCAGCAGUACGCUAUUGGAAAUGCAGAUAUGCAGGACUUUUCCCAGCUAUCGUCUCGAACCGUAACGGAAGUACUAAUGCUCGAAAUGAAAAUGUCACCAGCUGCCAAAACCUACCUUGUAUCCGGAUAUCCGCGUUCCAUGAGAGAUGUCGUGGAGUAUUCCGAAAAGAUUCAAGUAAUCAACGGUGUGAUACUGAUAUCAUGGCGUCAAACCAUUCUUCAGCGUCAAAUCGAUUAUGGUGCCAAGUUGGGCCAUGUGGUACUGUCACUGGCCAAGAUGGAACUUGAAAACUUUUUCAAGAAUGUGAUGCCCGUUGCCGAUUAUUUCGAUCAAAGUGAUAUGCUCAUAGCUAUUAAUGGGGAACGUGCGCCCACGGAGGUGUAUAAAGACUUCCGGGCAGCUGUACUCGAUAUUCUUGGUGCACAGGAAAACCAGGAAGCGCUAUUGAAUGGAGUUGCAGGUAUGGGUAGGGGCGUAGAUGACAUUCCCGGCAGUAUAGUUAGCGUAGAAACGGCACCUAGUCAAAAUAAAGUCAUUGCAGCUCCGGCGCAUCAAGUAGAAAUCAAUAGCCGCGUCCGGUCACCAACACCGCCGCCACGACUUGCGACAGGUCCUGCUGCACUGCUGCGACAGCAGUCACGUGCUAGUCUAGGAAUGCAACCUCAAUCUCGUCAGGACGAUUAUGGGAAGCUGAAUAUACCUUCGAAAGUAGACGGAAUACCUCCGAUCAUUUGGGUGAUUGGUGGACCUGGUAGUAAUAAGGCCACACUUUGUUUGAAGGCCGUUGGAACAAACCCAGGAUGGGGCCACUUCAGUGUUGGACGACUACUACGAGCUAUCGCUGAAUCUGACCCACGCGUAGGAACAGACAACUAUGCCGUGAAAGAAGCAAUUGCAGCUGGUGAAAUGGUUCCUAAGAAUUCAUUAGAAAAACUCCUUCAAGUGCAACUGUCUCAGUUAAGCGAUAAACGAGGAGUUAUCAUAGAUGGAUAUCCUAGAGAUAUGGGACAAGUAGCAGAUUUCGAGAAGAAGUACAAUCAAAAGCCGCCAAUUAUUUUACUGGACUGUUCGAAGCUUCAACUUGGUCGGGGCAGGCUUGAUGAUACCGUAUCGUCUUUCCGAAGGCGACUUGAACUGUUUCGUGAGUUAACGCUGCCAAUGUUGAAAGAAAUGGACACCGCUGGACGGUUGACCAUUGUCGACGGAGACACGGAUAGCCCGACGGUACAGCGAGAAUUCGAACGGAUCGUUCGAGAUAACAUACAAAAUGUGCUGAAAACCCAUAGUACAGGAGAAUCUGUCGCACCGGUUGAAAUUGGCAGUUUUAGGAAUGCUAUAAAACGAAGCCGAAAGUCAGAUGAUGCGAUCGUGCAUGAUUUGGACGCUGAGGUACCGGGGGUGGUGCCAACCAUAAGUCAUCAUGUGAGCCUGGCGAAUGGACAGCUGGGUGGAGGCGUCCCAGUGGGCGCCAAAAAUGGGUAUAUUCCAAAUGGAAGAGCAAACUUUCGGAACAUGCUACAGGAAGCAAAUGAUUUUGAUACACACAUUUGAAUUUUAGACAAUAUGUUUCUAUGCAACAAGUACAAAAGCGUAAGUUUGUUUACUCCGCGUCCCGGAUUAACGAUGUAAGAAGAAACACUUUUUAUUUUUCACACAGACCCAAAUUUAAGUGAAAGUUUUUCAAUUUAAGUCGAAUACUUUUAUACUGGCGGUGUGCCAAAAAUUGAAGAAGAUUUCAGUUAAUCCGAUAUUGUUAAAUUAAGUACAAAUAUGAUAUAAUUAAUGUUGUUAUGCAAUUCGCAAUAAAAACAACUCUUCUUAUGAAUGACUAUAUACAUAAACAUAAUCUGUAGAAAUUGGGGCUACAAAGCUACCGAAGAAAUGAAAGAAUUAUGUUCAUCUGCGAUUACGGUUUGCACUCGGACAAAAAACUUACAGUGAUGUAUACGCAGUAUAUGAAAUAGAUUACCUUUCACGUCCUAAGAUAUUUACCACAGAGUUUGUUAUCAUGAAGCAUUGCAAAUUUUUCUUCAUGUGAGGCAAAUUCCGUUUGCAGAAGGAUUGUGUUUAGAUUAAAAAAUAUUGAUUCAGAAAAAAAUGUUAGAUGUAGGACACAAUAAGCUAAGUUGUUAGUUAUAAUGUAUGAAUAAAGCUUUAAUAAUAUAAUUGUA